AUGCUCGACGAAAACCUGCCGACGUACCGGUUCCGUCCGUCGUCGGACAAACCGCUCCACACGCUCCUAUCCUUCACGCACAACGGUUCCGAGCCAACAGUCGACAUGGUCAUGCGACGCCCCGGCGUGCCCGAAUGCCACAACAAGUACGCCAUAGGUCUCUUCGAUAUGAAGUACUCUGCCGUGCUGUACGGUGAGGUGCUGGUGGAGCCCGAGUGGACGCAGCCGUCGCUGUCGGCGGCCGAGGUGCGGGCCCACGGCGGCGGCGGCGGCGGCGGCGGCGGGGGUGCUCCCGGACCGGCGGCGACGCCGCAGAUGCCCCCCCAGUUCUCCAUAUUGCUGUACAACCCGGACCAGACCGUGGUGGUCAGGCACCACCAGGGAAGCUGGGGCAACAGGGACUCGUGGGAGUUCGAGGUGCCCGAGCGCAGCUUCCGCGCGCCGAGCGCCAGCCAGAUCGACCGCGAGGAUCCGGGCCCGCAGGCGUCCGAGCUGGUGCCCCGCGUCAACCUCAGGUGGAGGAGGGACGGGCGCGUCAGCAGGGACAUGACCUGCUACAUGUCCGGGCGGACGGUCGGGUCCAGGAAGAGCAAGGAGCCCGACAUCACCCUGGCCCUCUUCAAGGCGGGCAGGACCGAGUCCGCCCUGAGCAUCUACGAGCCCAACAUGCGGAGGGUCGACGUCGAGGACCGCAAGGGUCUGGAGUCCAUACUUCUCCUCUCGGCCGAGGUGAUCCGCGACCUGUUCCUCGUACCCAGGAACGACCCCUUCAAUACUGCCGGUGCGCCGCCACCUCCGUCGUCGUCGAGGAUGACAUCUGGCAGACCUCCUCCCCCCCCGCUGGCCAUCACGACGACGACCGCGACGAACGCGACGAACGCGACGAACGCGACCACCACAGACACAGCCGCAGCAGCGGCGGCGGCGGCGGCGGCGGCGGCGGCCGUGCCUUCCGUCCAGCAACCGAAGCCGCUGUCCAAGCCUGCGGGCGACGACGCCCGCGUCCGUCGCGAACAGGAAGAGAUCAAGAAGAUGCUGGAGCGCGAGCAGCGCGAAGAGGCCGAACGCCAGAGACGCGAGAGGGAGGAGCGCGAGAGGCGCGUGGAGAGGGAGACGGAAGAGCUGCGCAGGCAGUACGGCACGCAGGUCGACCAGCUGCCACAGCUCCCGCCGCGACCCGUGUCGAGCAAUCACCAUCGUCCUAGCGCCAGCACCGGCGGCGGCGGAGCAGUCAUGAGCGGCGGUGCCGGCGGGGGAGCUCUCUUGCCUCCUCAUCAACCUCCCAGACCGCAGAGCGUGGGACCGUCGUCGUCGUCCUCGCCGCAUCACCAUCACCAGUACGGCAGCGGGGCGAGGAAGAAGCUGAACAGCCUGCUGCAGCCCGUCUCCGGGGCGUCACCGUACGGGUCCGUCGGGCCUAGCCUGUCCGGCUUCUUCGGCGGGGGCAGCGGUAGUGUUGCGGCGAGGGUGGAGGAGGAGAAGAGGCGGAAGGCUAAGAAGAAGGGCAGUGUGCACUUCUGA